GUCGUGGAUUCUACACUCGAGGUACCUGGUAGUGGAUGCAUUCCCUGAGAAGAUAUUGCAGCUGGAAUACGAUGUGUUGAUGGAACCAGAUAUGAAAGUGGUUUCAAGGUGUUCAUUUCUAUUUGUGUUGACAGUCCCGAAACUGGUGCAUAUUCUUUCCGGUGGGCUGCGUUGCUCUCGCCUACUGGGAAAGCGGUCCAAAAGCAAAGGAGAGAGAAAGUGAAGGGGUUCGUUUCUGGCUGAGUUGAGAUGCGGUGGCAGGCGAACGUACACGAUCAUAUGGAAUAUAGCCUUACAAGCAUGGACACGUUCGCAGGGAUCACAGGUCCACAGAAACAUCAAUGCAGUUGAUAUGCCUCAACUGUCCUUCAGAUGCUCUCACGAUCUGAGGUCAACGCUUGCGUAUCUUGCACGACAAUGUCCAAACUGCCAUUCACUGUCCCAAAACUCCCAACCGCCGACAAUGACAGGGCCGCCAGCGAUAAAUUCAAACUCAGCGCUCCCUCGUCGCCUCUCCAGUGCCGCAAGCUCUGCUUCCGGCUCCCCACUCACGGCGAUGAUGAAGACGACCGUCUCGAGGACGAGCUUACCACUUCUUUCAACAAGUUUAGUGCACAGCGGUGCUGUAAAUGGCAAACGGCCGAAGACCAAAGUCCCUACAAGCCUUCUUGACAUUCCUUCGAAGCCAAGUCCUGACUGGCGGAAGGCAACACAGAAACGCCGCGCAGGUGCUGCACGAUUCAUCCUUGACUCUGCAAAAGCGAGUACAAGUGCGGACGGGAGCGUUGGAGAGCUAGACACGCGCGAUACCCUCGACUCCGGCCCCCAACUCUCAGGUAUCCAUAUGAUGGCAGAAGAACAUGCAUAUGCGAAAGUGGAAGAGACGGAAGACCAAAAAGCCCCUCUGUUGGCUGGGGAUAUGGACUCGGCGCCCCAGAUCGAUUCUAUUCCCGUUCCUCCCAAUGAAACCGACGCCAUCCAGCAAGACGUCGCUGAUCUUCCAGAUGUUGUUACUAUCGAUGACUAUGCACGUGUACCCAUCAUUGCGUUCCCUGCGUAUUCGCCUGCAGCCCAGUCUUUUCCGGCAUUAGUGGUAUCGAUCCUCUGACCGUACUUCCAUGAUGGAGCAGGUAGAGUAGGCGGUGGAAUCGAACAGAGGAAUGGACAUGGUGGACUAGUUAGAUGAAAAGAGCGAGGCUGGCCCUAGAUUUAUAGUUACAUGGUGCAGGUUACAUAAAUAUAGCUUUCAGGCGUCAUGUUCUGGGCGUCUAAUGAUCAUGAGGCAGUUGAGGCUGUGAAGAAGCACCUAAAGGCC